AAAACAAUUAACAUUCGUGCUUGAUUUCGGCGUAAUACGUAAUGGAUUGGAUAUUCCUUGAAAUGUGGAUCUGUUAAAUAGUUGAGGUAUCAGAAAAUGCCCCAGCCCAUCAUACCAGAGGAACUACAAGAAGAGAAAUAUUGACGGGAGGUUGUGUUUUGGCUUAGUGGGGAGGUCUUAGGAGGGGGUGGUCCGUCAAUUUUAGCCGUAUAACUCCUGCAGGGGGUUCACAGAUGCGAUGCAAGUUGUGUGGUGAGUGAUGUAACCUGAAGGUGAACGUAGCCGCUGCGUUAGCCUCGGCUGCCUCGUCCCAAAGAUGGCCACUCUCUCUCGGCCUGGGAGCCUCCGUAAUCCUGAGGUGGCUGACUUGUUUGAGCGAGAGGACCCGGAGAGAUUAUUUGAUGACCUACGUGAAAUUGGCCAUGGCAGUUUUGGAGCAGUAUAUUAUGCACGCCAUGUCUCGUCAAAAGAGGUGGUGGCAAUUAAGAAAAUGUCAUAUAAUGGAAAACAAAGUGCAGAGAAGUGGCAAGACAUUCUAAAAGAAAUUAGAUUCCUACGCAGUCUCCGUCACCCCAACACUGUUACCUAUAAGGGUUGCUACUUAAAGGAAUCAACAGUAUGGUUGGUAAUGGAGUACUGCUUAGGUUCAGCCUCAGACAUCAUUGAAGUACACCGACAGCCUCUACGAGAAGAGGAAAUCAGUGCCAUCUGUGAAGGCUGCCUUCAGGGUCUCUCAUAUUUGCAUUCCUUAGGAAAAAUUCACCGUGAUGUAAAAGCUGGCAACAUUCUUCUUACUGAAAAUGGCACAGUCAAACUAGCGGAUUUUGGUAGUGCAAGUAUUGCAUCUCCUGCCAAUAGUUUUGUCGGAACACCAUACUGGAUGGCUCCUGAGGUCAUUUUGGCUAUGGAUGAAGGACAGUAUGAUGGAAAGGUGGAUGUAUGGUCCCUAGGCAUCACAUGCAUAGAACUGGCCGAGCGCAAACCGCCCUACUUCAACAUGAAUGCCAUGAGUGCCUUGUACCACAUUGCCCAAAAUGAUGCCCCAAAAAUGUCUGCUCCAGAGUGGUCAAAAGAUUUCCAACACUUUGUUGAGUCUUGCCUUCAGAAAUCUCCACCAGAUCGACCUACCUCGGCCAGGCUCCUCUCUCACGAGUUCAUUUUGAGACAUCGGUCACCUCACAUCAUCUUGGAUCUAAUUGCUCGUACCAAGAAAGCCGUUCGUGAGUUUGAUAAUCUGAACUAUCGAAAAAUGAAAAAAAUCCUCCUGUACGAAACGGAGAGCCAGCAGGGGGACGUAGAAGGUGAGCCUGAAGACCCUGUUACGGGUCGAGUGCGGGUCCCCUCUUGGCAUUCCAUCCUGGACUCCACAGAGGAGGACCCAGCGGGAGGCGACAGCAGCAAGAGCAACAGCAUCACGUCAGAGAAGUCAGUCAUAUCAGCCGGGGUCAGUCAGUCGUCCCAGUCCCAGUCAUCCUCCACCAACUCCCUCCAUCAUCAUCAUUUACUCCACCAGCCCCAUCAUCCAUACCAAACACAGUCUCAACCCAUUUUACAACAUUCACCAUAUAUUGCCCCUCCAGUACCACCACAUCAUCAUCAUCCUUCACAUCAUCAUCAUCAGUCACACUAUUCACCACAGCCACAGCAUCAUGCACUUCCAUAUCACCAUCAAUCUACCACACCGUCACUUUCGCCAUCUCCGUCAUCGUCAUCUUUACAUCAAACAGAUUUAGGUAUACCCAAUAAUAAUCACCAUCCAUUAACACCACCAUCUACACAUAUACCACCAUCAGCCAUUGACACCACUACCAUUUCCUCCAUCACUAGUACCAAUGCAACAGCCUCCACCACCCCAACCCUUCUGCUUCAGCUUCCGGGGCAGAAUGCUCCCUCCACCACUACCAACAACAACGCCACCAACAACGCGUCUUCUACUGUCAAGUCGCGUCGUGGACGGCCUGGUGGCAAUGUUGGGGAAGCAAGCACCAGCAACUUUGCUACCAUAAAGACGACGUCCAUUGUCAGCAAGCAGCAGAAAGAACAUCUUCAGGAAGACAUGCACGCUGCCAUGUCCGGGUACAAGCGCAUGCGGCAGGAGCACCAACGAGCGCAGGCUAAGCUGGAGGAGAAAUGUCGUGUUGAGAUGGAGAAUCACAAGCACAUGCUGGACAAGGAGUAUGAGGUUUUGCUCACACAGUUCAGCAAGGAGCUUGAGAAACUCAGACAGAAACACGAAAAGGAGCAAGAGAAGAAGUUAGAUGUGUGUUCGAUAGCGGAAAAGAACCUUCAAAAGGAUAUAACCGGUAGACAUUGUAAUGAGCUUAAGCAAUUCCAGUCACAGUACAAGAAGCAGUACAAGGAGAAUAUAGAAAAGUGGAAGAAAGAACACUCGCAAGAUCCUAAUACACCCAAAAGACAGAAAGAAGCACAGCUCCAGAACCAGAAGGAAUACCUUAAAGCCUCUGAACGACAAGAAGAACAAAAGUUAGUGCAACAACAAGCAGAAUACAUUCAACUAGAAAUGCGAAAGUUCCGUCGACGUAGCAUCUUGACAUACUACGUCAAAGAACAAUCUCUCCUCAAAGAGGAGCUUAUCAAGAGACAACAACAGUUGGAGGCAGCUCACUCAAUGCUUCUAAGACACCAUCAGUUAACACAGGAUCUGGAAUAUCGGCAACAAAGAGCUAUUCACGCUUUAAAGGAGGAGCAGAUGAACAAACAACACCAAACAGAAUUAAGCAGCCAACAUGAGUACAUGAAGAGAGUUGAGAGAGAGCUCCGGAAAAAACACGCUUUACAACAAAAGCAACAGCCAAAGAGUUUAAAACAAAAAGAAAUAGAGAUACGUCGUCAGUUCCGUGAUACUAUCAACAUACAACGUCAGCAAUAUAAAGAGUAUAAGGCACAAAUUCUUGCCAAAACUCCAAAAGAGGAUCAGCGAGCCAUCAUCAAGAGGUUGAAGGAAGAUCAGCGACGGAAAUUGGCUAUGUUGGGUGACCAGUAUGAACAAUCCAUUGCCGAGAUGCUUCAGAGACAGUCACUGAAACUUGAUGAAAGUCAAGUAGUGGAACAGCAGCAGUUAACAGAGAAGCUGGAGAGAGAAUUGGAUAUGUUGGCAGAAUACCAAACACGCAAUCGCCAACAAGCAGAGGCUCAACGUAACCGUGAAAAGAGGGAAUUAGACGAGAGAGUAGCACUCAGGAGAACUUUAUUACAACAGAAGAUGGCUGAGGAAACUGCACGAUUCCAACACGAGCGACAUGAGCGGAUACGGCUGAUGCAAGAGAAACAGACUCGAGAAUUAGAAGAAUUUGAUAAUGAAUCCUUAAGGCAGGGAUUUAGUGCACUGCAAAUAGUGGACUCUUCAAAUGAACGGUGGCCAGAAGAAUUCAACGUGUCGGCAUCCAUGCUUUCCUUAUCCCUCCAACCUAACCACUGAGUAACUGGUUGAUUCCUAGCUAGCUGUAGAAGCUGUAAACAUUUGACAACCCUCUUCUCUCUAGGCUAUAUUGUUUUCCAGGUACGAAUAUAAAUUUGAGCUCUUUGUAAUAUGUAAUUAGCCUUAUUUAUGGAAUACUAAUGUCACCUUCAUAUUUAUUUGUUGUAAAUCCAGAUAAUGGUUAGGAUUUCCAAAGUCUGGUCCAUGUACGGCCGGAGAAUUUCCGUAGAUGCCCGGGCCCCAAAGGUGCUCUUGUGGCCGCAAUGCCAGUGUGCUUUAGAAUCCCUAUCUCCCAUUAAAAGAAGUUGGAUUGGAGUUUCUUUGGUGAGCAAGAUUGGUUGAGUUAACACAAACUUCUGUCUAAAUGAAAUGCCUGCUGCUUGCAAGAUAGGUAAAUGGUCAGAAUUCAGCAUUUGGUAUUAUAUAAUUCUCAGAAUUUUUAAUUUCAUAAAAUAUAAAUACUUCUGUCAAGUAACUGCUGUAGACAUGGCUAACUUUCUCUCAUGUAUAUACUGUAAGUGAAACUUUUAAAGAGACCAGUAAGUGUGAGCGUGGGAAGGUGUAAUGCCAAGGACAUUUUCCCCACUCGGCAGGAAAGACGGCCUUAUUGAUAUACCAUCUUCCUCCUGCAUUUACUGUUCGCUUCAUAUAUGUUGGUCUUGUCAUAAAUUAUAAUAUGGGUGCAACUGUUUUAAGUUUGCUACCCAGAAAUUCUUAUAAAUCAGUGAAACACAGGAACUAAACGCUAGGGUUCUGUCGAUGAUCACUGCAAGCACAGAUUCGCCUUUCACUAAUACUCCUAUCUUCAGCAUAUUAAUCACAGUCUAGGGAGGAUUCCAUAAGUUGAGGUAAAAUGUUAUUCCAAGUAAUUUCCUCCAGUAUAGGCAAACCCCAGUAUUCUAUCUUCUCUGCACUGGAAGCGAAGCAAAGUCUGAUGGUCUCGGUUGAAAGUAGAGAAGCCCUCUUUGCUCAAUAUCAUGUAAUGAGAUCAGUGAAUUGGAGCCAGUAGUUGUAAGCCAGGAAGGUUCAUGUUUAUGCAUUGUCAGUAGGAAAGUUUGCCAUAUUGAUAAUUUCAUCUGCUGCUCAUAAAUCUCUGGUCUUGUCCCAUGUAAGUUACCUUCUGACUUUGUAUGAAUAUAUAAUCAUUAUUAUUUGUGGCCUGGUCAGUCAUUAUGAGCCUUUGAGGUAAAUCCACUCUUAGGCUCAUAUCCAUGUAUUUUUAAUACAAAAUGGAUAAGACUCGUGCUGCAUGUUCUCAUUAUGACCACAGUUAAAUUAGCUGGUUUUGAAAGAAUGUAAACAGUGUCCAGGAAGUUUUUCCCUAGUCAGAUGAAGAUCAUAUAAUCCUCAUCAGCAAGAGAAACUGUUUAUUAUUUAUUAUUAACCUCUCUGUUUCCCUUAGAGGUAAUGAUAUGACUUUUUUUCAUUUAUUUGUUUUUGACAGUUAUUGGGGAUCAUAUCCCUAUUUCACUAUACGUAUGUCAAUAUACAUUUUAACUUUUAGAUUCAUUUACAUUAUUAUGGAUAGAAGUGUUCUUGGAACUGUAUGGCUCAUUGUUGCUGACUUUUUCACAAAUAUUUAGAGUCACUUCAAGGUCCUGCAAUGCUCUUACAUUUGAGAGCAAAAGCAUGUGGUCCAUAGUGUAUUUGUGUAAAAUGCCAACAACUUGGUAUGUGGCUUAGCACAAAAUUACCUUUCAUUGUAGCUUGGACAAAUGGAAAUAAAUUGCUUGAUUUCAAGACUGGUAUACCCUCAGAAGUAAUUAAUCUGAAUUUGGUGCCAGUAAUUAUGGCAGAGUAUUUUGUUUUUCCAAAUCAAUUUAGCUCACAGGUGCAGUGUUUAAUUUGAAUAAUUUAGAGGCUGCCUUUCAACCAGUAAUACAUGGACCUUGCUUUAAAUAAAAAUAAAAAGAUGUUGGGCACCAUGAAGGCUGCUACAUACAGUAUUUUAAAAUUUUCACUUCCCAUUAGAGAGGCGAAAUUGUUUGAGUUUGCUAAGCCACUUGCUCCCCCAAGAGGCAUCUGCUUGAAAAUGCUUUCACACCCUUGUAUGGUCACUACAAGGAACAAUAUAUUUCAUAAAUUAGCCUGUGGGAAAAUGAACGUGGAAGCUUUCAGACUUUGAAAGAGUGAAUUUUACAGUUUCACCCUUUCCUUUAAUUUUUGGAUAAUUGAAUAAAAAUUUUCUUCUUUUGUCCCCUUCUCGUAUCUAUGAUCACAAAGCUGAAAUCUUUCACUUGUUGACAUUUGGUUCUGUGAGCAUGAGUGUCAAGAAGGAAUUCAUUUUCCCAAAAACUUUUCUGACCCAGCAGCAUCAUUGGUUUCACCCACCAUGAUUCCUGGUCGGCUUAAUUGCAGACAUUCUCAGCCUUUAGGUAGGCCUAGGCAAGUUGUUUGUAUGUUGCAUCAUUCCAACCUUUUAAUGCGUGAGUGAAUUGUAAAACCUUUGUUCUUGUUUUUAAUUUUUUUUAUGUAAUUGUAACUCGAGGUAAUGUACCAUUGUUUUAAUGCUCAAGUUUAUAAAGUCAGAAUAUUAAAAUGUUUCCAACAACAAAAAGUAUAUGGACAGUGUUUUUAGGGACAUUAUUUAGUUUUUGGAAACAAAAAAAAAUAAAUAUAUAUAUAUAUAUGAUUGCAACUCCCAAAAAAUAGUCACUUAAUAUGACAAAGUGUAAACUGGUUGUAUUGGCCAAAAACAAUGUUUACCAAAGCAGGUUUUUGUUCAGCAACCGGUUUAAAAUCUCAUGUAGAUUCAGCACUUACAUAAAAUUGCAUGCUUGAAUUUUCAAAAGAGAGAGAGCAGUAUUAAAUUGCAAACUUGAAAUUGUUAGUUAGUCAGUGUGUGUGCCUGAGGAUUAAACAGUUGAAUGUGUGUUUCUGGAUGUAUGAGAUGGGUUAAAUAGUCCCAAAAUCAUAAAUAACCAUAUCUAUUUUUCUUCUUUUGUCAGCUACUCUAUAUGGAAACCUCUUCAAAUUUUGAAAUUAAAAAAAGAAUAUAGUGUAAGAUUCUAUCAUCAGUCAAAAUUUGUAUUUAUUCUGUAUUGCAUUGUAGUUAGAUAUGUUACUUUAUGAUCCCAAUGAGACCAAAUGUGUUUAUUAGCUGCUGAGAUGUUCCUGGGUCAUGGACUAGGUAUACACAAACCUCACACCACACAUGUGCAGUAUGUCUAGUUCCAAUCUUGCUGUUUCUUGCCUCGAUGUAAUUGUUUCAUUUAUUUCUCCAUGUCCUUUAUUACACGUACAUUGUAAAGUAUUGUACACGUUAUUUUAUGUACACUUGAUAUUACUUAUUUCUGCUAUCGUAUUGAUUAUGAUUUCUCAAUAUUUUUUUUUCAUAUUUGCAUCCCUAACAUCAGUUUUUAGUUUUCUAAUUGUUCAUAAUGUCAUAUGAAUUAUUUUUUUUUUAUGCAACUAAGUUGCAUCAUUGUUCUUUUUUAUACAGUUGCUUGUAUUGUCUUUCCCUUGCAUCUUCAACAUAAUUAUGAUUAAUAUUUGUGAUAAUCAGUGAUACUGAUCCUUGGAUAUGACCCAGUUGAAUCUUGGUCAUAUUCCCUGUAAGGUCCACAGGAAAUACUGCUCUAUCUAAAUAGAGAAUGAAGGUUCAUUAUUGAUGGUCAUGUCACAAGGGCAAACCAUUAUUAACUUUUCCCUCUACCUUUUCUGACUCACUGCAUUCAUGUGUUUCUUUAUACAUUGUAGUUAUGGACUUACCAUCAUAACAUCUGAGUGAAAGGACCCUUUGUUUCUCUUGGAUGCCGCAUUCCACAUGUUCCCUCCCACCCCCUCUCCUGUUCUUUAUAUGGCAAUUCAAAUAAAAACAAAUAUAUUGAUAACCCAGGUGAGAGAGUAAGAGGUUUUUGAAAAAAUGUGUAUAUAUGAUAUACCAUGUAUGUUGUUAUUAACUUAUUACAGUCACUGAGGUUACCCACCACCCUGUAUCAGAUGUAGCUUUUUCAGUAAAAGCAAAUUAUAUUUAGUUUAAUAAAGCAAUCAACAGUGUUGUAGGAUUCAACUUAAGCAUGACUAGUGAGCUACCUACCUUAUAUGGUUGGUAAAAGAUGACUGUGUAACACCAGAUGUACUGGGUAGGAGAUGUGUUCAGUGGGACAUCUCCAGAUUUCUCCACAGAUGGUGAGGUAUUGCUGUAUUCCAUCAUGCACACUCUUCUCAACAACAGGUCUCAGCUCUAGGAUCAUCCUUAGUGUUCAGUGUAACUUUUGUUAUGACUAGGUAUCGACCCUAGAUCUACCUCUUUACAUAGACCCUUCCUCUCAUGAUAGUCUUUAUUCAGAAUCCACAUUAUCUUGCCAAUAUUUUUUUACUUUUGCUAAUCUUUAUACUCAGUAUCUCCUAAAUUUUUUAUUUCUACUGCCACUUUAUUCCUGAUUGACUUAUCAUUAUUUCCUUACUGUCAUAUUAUACUGUUUUUAUACUGGUAUCAUAUUAAUUUUUAAUAAAAUUAGCUCCGUAUAUAAACCUCUUCUGAAGCUAUUAUGCUUUUCUUUGCAAGUUAAUCUAAUCUCUUUAUGUACAUAAUUCCAUGGAUCUUCUAGAAUCCCUGCUGUGCCUGUCAGUACCUCUCUUGUAACACCACUUUUAACCUUUGCAGUUGUUAUUCUUUUUAGACAUCACCUUAUCCCACUUUUACUCUUUCUAUAUUUCUUUAACCACUCUACUGAACUUUACAACCUUUUUCAUGUUGUAGAUUCAUUCAUGUCCCUUAACCCUCCUCUGUUUAGAGAUUCCAGGUAAAUAAAAGAAGAAAGUCAUAAGUAUUAGCGGCGUUACAAACAUGUGGUAUGAUCCAGGCAUAUCAAGAUUGCAUUUACCACCCACCUUGAUAAUAUAUGGCAUCUGACUGCAUACUACUUCAUGGGUAGGUCAUUUCCAUAUCCAAAGUACAUAUGUGAUGAGAUAUCUAGGUCUAGUUGUUAUAAAAGAGUGCAGUCACAAUGCCCUUCCAAGACCUGGGCUUCAGUGCAAGAACCAGCCUCCCAGAUGUUUGGUGCUCAUGUGUAGUGUCCAGUUGGAUGCCCCCUCACGUUGAUACUGUAUUUGUGAAUUCCACUCUAAUUCAGACGAGUGAGGAUGCAUUUUUGUAUGGGUCUCUGUGUUUGUAAUGUUACAAAAAAUUCUGUGUCUGUAUAUAUUAUAAGAAAAUACAUGAUGCUUCCAAAACUAA